AUGGAGGAAGACGAUAAUGAUAGAGUGAUAGAGAGUGAAUUUACCACUUGGCAAGUUGGAGACUGUGACACUUUGUACUAUUUAAACUCUCCAUUCUUGCUUCAUUUCCUCAUUCCUCAUUCUCAUUCCUCAUUCCUCAUUUGCAUUUGCAUUUCCAAAACACUUUAUCAACUUUUAGAAAAACCAAAUCAAAUCGAGUCACAUUCAAAAAUUAGACUUUCAUCAUCAUCAUCAUGUCUGAUAACUUAUUAG